CACACGCAUAAGCAAGUUUCACGAUCUUCUUUGUCUCCACACUUUGUCAGAGACUUUUUUUUGUUGUUGGUAUUAAUCCAUUAGAAGAGAAAUUAGAGAGAAACAACUGAUCCAGCAAUUAUGAAGAUAGAAGAACGUACUUUGGAGGAAACCCCAACGUGGGCAGUUGCUGUUGUUUGCUUUGUUUUGGUUGUCAUAUCCAUCUUCAUUGAACAUAUCAUUCACCUCAUAGGAUCCUGGCUACAGAAAAAACACAAACGAGCUCUUUAUGAAGCGCUUGAGAUGAUAAAAGCAGAGCUUAUGCUUUUAGGGUUCAUAUCUUUGCUCCUAACAGUGGGACAAGAUUCCAUUUCAAGGAUAUGCAUUUCCAAGAGUGUAGCAGAAACUUGGCACCCUUGUGAGAAGAAUAAGAAUAGCGACAAGGGAAAUUCCGGGAAAAAUGGCCGGAGACUUCUCGACUUCUUAGAGUCCGAUCAAUUCAGCGAUCAUCGGAGGAGUUUAGCCACAAAAGGAUACGACAAAUGCGCUGAAAAGGGUCAAGUUGCCUUUGUGUCAGCUUAUGGGAUUCACCAGCUUCAUAUAUUCAUCUUUGUAUUGGCUGUUUUUCAUGUCCUUUAUUGCAUUAUAACCUUGGCUUUUGGAAGGAUCAAGAUGAGAAAAUGGAAGGUUUGGGAGGAUGAGACAAAGAGAAUUGAGUACUUGUACAACAAUGAUCCAGAGAGGUUCAGAUUUACAAGGGACACAUCAUUUGGAAGAAGGCAUUUGAACUUUUGGAGCCAGUCAUCAGUUUCCCUUUGGAUUGUAUGCUUUUUCAGACAAUUUUUUGGGUCAGUCACUAAGGUUGAUUACCUAACACUGAGGCAUGGAUUUAUCAUGGCACAUUUGGCACCAGAGAGCGAAACAAAGUUUGAUUUCCAGAAAUAUAUUAGCAGAUCACUUGAAGAGGAUUUCAAAGUUGUCGUUGGGAUUAAUCCAAUAAUGUGGUUCUUUGCCAUCUUGUUCUUGCUCUCCAACACAUAUGGAAUUUACUCCUAUGUUUGGCUACCAUUUCUCCCUUUGAUUAUAAUUUUAAUGGUUGGAGCUAAACUCCAAGUGAUAAUAACAAAGAUGGGACUGAGGAUUCAGGAGAGAGGUGACAUUGUGAAAGGUGCACCAUUGGUUCAGCCAGGAGAUGACCUCUUUUGGUUUGGAAGGCCUGGCUUCAUGCUCUUUCUCAUUCACUUUGUUCUCUUUCAGAACGCGUUUCAGCUCGCCUUUUUCGCGUGGAGUACGUAUGAAUUCAAGAUAAAAUCUUGCUUCCACAGUCGCUCUGAAGAUAUAGCCAUCAGACUGUCAAUGGGGAUCAUCAUACAAAUUCUAUGCAGUUAUGUCACUUUGCCUCUCUAUGCUCUUGUGACACAGAUGGGCUCCAACAUGAGACCAACGAUAUUCCACGACAGAGUAGCGACAGCACUAAAGAAGUGGCACCACUCAGCCAAGAAGAACAAGAAGCACAACCGGCAUUCGGAGGGAAACUCGCCCUUCUCGAGCAGGCCGGCGACUCCGACAUACGGCAUGUCCCCGGUUCAUCUCCUGCACAAUUACCGGAGCAGUACCGCGCCCAAUAGCAUGCACACGUCCCCUAGGGGAUCCAACGUCGAAAUCAACUACUACGAUCCCGAGAGUUCGCCGUCCCCUAACAAUGGACCAGCCAAUGCCAAUGACAACACCCAAGGAAAUAUUGCUAAAUUUGCCAAUGUCAUUAGUGAAGAAGGCAAGCAAUCCCAGGAGCCUAGCUCAUCACAGCAGCAUCAACAUGAAGUCCAGAUUAGCUUAUCUGAAUUUUCAUUUGGGAAAUGAAUUUAAAUAAAUAUAAGCUGAAGUUUGUGCUUCAAGAAAAAGAAAUGUUGCUUGCAAUAGUUUUCUUCUUUUUUUUUUUUCCUUUGUUUUUUUGGUGUACAUUUUUUUGAACAAGAUACACAUGUGGUUGAACGUGGCAGAAACUGUAGUAUUGGGGAUUAUUUCUCAAUUCCUUGUGUAUUCAUAUAGGUUGUUGUACUAAAUGAUUUUAAUUCCUUAGGCAUCAUGUAAUCAUAAAUCAGUUUUACUUUUACA